AUGCCUUUCGGAUCCAAGUUCAUGAAGCUGUUUCGUCGGAUGAAGAUGAAAUCCCUCUCGCCGUCGAAGUCGACGUCAGAAAGAGAGUCUGUGCUCAGCGUUGUCGUCAUGGGGCCGCCGGGAGUAGGUAAAACAACUUUAGCUGAGCAGUUUAUGUACGGCAGGUUAAGGUCUGACCCGGAAAGAGCGGGUCUCCACCUCCACCAGGAAGACUUCCAGUUGGAAGAUCAAUGCCUCAAGCUGGAGGUGUUGGACGUUUCGGGGGCUGAGCUGGGAUCAUCUACGAAACAACGCGUUAUGCUUCAAGGUGAUGCCUUCAUUCUGGUGUAUUCUCUUCAAGACAAACACUCCUUCAAAAUUGUCAAGGACAUUAGAGACGAAAUACUGGCCCUGAACAAAAGCAGAAACGUCCCCAUUGUGAUCGUAGGGAACAAGCUGGAUCUGAAAAAACGCAAGCGUCACGUCCAUCGAGCACUUAUUGAAGCUGUAGUGAAAAGCAACUGGGGCCAUAUAUAUUUAGAAGUGUCGGCUAAAGUCUACGAAGAUGUGUGCGACGUCUUCAAGAUGGUGAUGAGGCAGUUGGGCUUCCAUUUCCCCCUGUCGUCAGCGUUAGAUGGGCGAUGUCAGCCAUGA